AUGUUUACGAAGGAGCAGCUGAACGACAUUUUCAACUUGGCUCAAACGCUCAGGGUGUAUACCGCGAAAGACCGACCUUUGGGUAAAAUCAUGGCGUCCAUAUUCUACGAGGUGAGCACCAGGACAAGUUGCAGCUUUGCAGCUGCCAUGCAGAGGUUGGGAGGCAGAGUGAUUUACAUGGACGAAACCAGCUCGUCGGUAAAGAAAGGAGAGACUUUGGAAGACUCUAUUGCCGUAAUGGCGGGAUACUCUGAUGUGCUCGUGCUCAGACAUCCAACACCAGGAUCAGUUAUGAAAGCAUCACAGCACUGCCGAAAACCCCUUAUAAAUGCUGGAGACGGCAUUGGAGAACAUCCUAGUCAAGCGUUGCUGGACAUUUUCACAAUUCGAGAAGAAAUUGGUACCGUCAACGGACUGAACAUCACUUUGGUUGGAGAUCUCAAAAAUGGAAGAACUGUUCACUCUUUGGCUCGAUUACUGACUUUGUACAACGUACAACUAAGAUAUGUCAGUCCUCCAUCCUUAAGAAUGCCUAGCCAUGUAGUAGAUUUCGUGAAAGAACACGGAAUAUCACAAGAAGAGUACAGCAGCUUAGAAGAAGUUUUGCCGGAUACAGACGUAUUGUAUAUGACGAGAAUUCAGAGAGAGAGGUUCGAAACCCAAGAGGAAUAUGAAAGGGCUUGCGGACAUUUCAUUGUGACUCCAAAACUGAUGACCAGAGCCAAAAAGAAGAUGGCGGUGAUGCAUCCUUUACCGAGAGUCUUCGAAAUCAGCACAGAAUUUGACUCUGACCCUAGAGCGGCUUAUUUCAGGCAAGCAGAGUACGGCAUGUAUGUUAGGAUGGCCCUACUUGCUAUGGUCUUAGGGAAAUGCUGAUCAUGUUACGUUAUAUGAAUUUACAUUGACUUCCAUUAUGCAUCCUUUUGUAAGAAAAAUUACACUGAAUAAAGAAUAUGUUUACUACA